UCUCUCUCUCUCCUCUCUCUCUCUUAUGCUACAAUGGCCAUUGCCACUGCAUUCAGGUUCUCCUUUUUCUUCCUUCUACUUCUCAUCAUCCUCGGAACCUUUCACUACAGACCGUCUUACGCUGUGGUUUCCGGUAACUUUCAAACAAUUUCUUCAAAUGAUGGUUCAGAUCGGAAUCUGUUAUCAGUUCAGAGUAACAACAAUCAACGUCCAGACUGCAGCGAAAUAGCGUCGAAGUCUCAGUGCUUCCACAGCCCCAAUUGCCGGUGGUGCCGGAGCCAAGUUCUCGAUGACAUGUGCUUUUCCAAGUCCGAGGCCUGGCGAUUACCAUCUCAGGUCUUUUCUUGUAAUUUGGGACAAAGCUAAGGUUUUUCUUUUGCUUGUUGAGAGUUUGUGUUUUGAUCGAUUGUGAAUGGAUGAUAUGAUUUUCAUGAAUUCUUUCUGCAAUUUCAGUAUUGUUUAUUUCAUGUUUUGGUGUCUUGCAUCCGUGGAUUGGAACUCAUUGAAUGUUAACUCAUGCUAAUUGAGCUUAUGAACUAUGAUGCAAAUUCAUUGAGCUAAAUUUG